AUUUGUAAACCAAAUAAACCGAGCAAAGAAAAGGAAAUAUGAAAUAGUGAGAGUAGGAACAAGGUGAAAUUGCAGAGAGAGAGAGAGAGAGAUGGUGAUGGUGUUAAGAAGCAGUGAACAAGUAAUGCGCUCGACUGAAUAGCCUGAUUCUGAUUCUGAUCGAACUCUUAUUGACCUAUGCCGUCAGCAUCAGCAUCGGCUUGGUGAUGAUGGAACCAAAGUAAAUUAUACCCCAAACAAGUUUAUUUGAUUGGAUUAGUAUUAUUCCAGAAAAAAUGGGAACUGAAAACCCUGGUCGUUCAAGCUUCCCUUCAAGGCCACCUUUUGGUGCUACACAGACCAUGACACCUUUUGCACCAAGUAGUUCCAUGAUUGGAUCAGAACGUCCUUCUUUCCAACCCACUCCUCCUUCUCCUCCCUUGGCCUCUACACCAUUUUCAACACCUGGACCUGUGGUUGGACCCGGUGCCCCCAGUUUUAGACCUGAGCCACCUCCUCCUGCUGGUGGACCUUUCCAGCGUUUUCCAAUGCCACACUUUUCCUCAACUUCUCCUGCUCCUACUCCACCCAUGGGGCAGCCAUCAAUUCAAUCUUCUGCUGUCCAAGCACCAUCUUUUCCACCUUCUCUUCAGCCUCACCCACAGACACCUUUUGUUCCAAUGGGAUCUCCCCCGGGUUCGAAUGUUCCUCCUUCGGUUUUUCAGUCAUCUUUUCCUGGAUAUGCCCGGAAACAGACGGGUGCAGAAAUGCAAGCUCCACCUAUGCAUUCCUCUCUCCCUUCCAAUCAAGGAAAUUAUGGACCUGUCCCGCCUGUAGCAUCCUCGCCUUUUCUACCUCAUCAAGGGAGUUAUGUUCCGUCGCCCCCAGCGGCUGCUCCGUUAGGUGUCCAUUCCAUGCAACAACCAGGAUCUGGACCGCCUAUAGGUGCCAUUCAGGGCUUGACAGAAGAUUUCAGUUCGCUUUCAAUUCAAACUCUUCCUGGUCUCAUGGAGCCAUCGGUUGAUGCUAAAGAGCUGCCAAGGCCGUCGGAUGGUGAUGUGGAGCCAAAGUCUAUAGCUGAGAUGUAUCCCAUGAACUGUAAUCCUAGAUAUCUACGACUUACGACCAGUGCAAUACCUAGUUCCCAUUCAUUAUCUUCAAGGUGGCAUCUUCCACUUGGAGCAGUUGUCUGUCCACUUGCGGAACCUCCUGAUGGGGAAGAGGUGGCUGUUGUUAAUUUUGCUUCAACUGGUGUGGUACGCUGCAGGAGAUGCCGCGCUUAUGUGAAUCCAUAUGUGACAUUUACAGAAGCUGGAAGAAAGUACCGCUGCAACAUGUGCACCAUGCUUAAUGACGUUCCUAGUGAAUAUUAUGCACAAUUAGAUGCCACUGGCAGAAGAGUUGAUUUGAAUCAACGACCCGAGCUUACAAAGGGUACUGUGGAAUAUGUUGCCCCAGCUGAACAUAUGGUGCGGCCUCCUAUGCCUCCAGUAUAUUUCUUCCUCAUCAAUGUUUCCAUAUCUGCAAUUAGAAGUGGAAUGAUUGAGGUUGUGGCGCAAACAAUCAAGUCAUGCUUAGACGAGCUGCCUGGCUUUCCACGAACACAAAUAGGGUUUGCAACUUUUGACAGCACAAUUCAUUUUUAUAACAUGAAGUCAUCCUUGACUCAGCCACAGAUGUUAGUAGUCUCAGAUCUGGAUGAAAUAUUUGUUCCACUGCCAGAUGAACUCCUCGUCAACUUAUCAGAAUCAAGAAGUGUGGUGGAAACCUUUCUUGACAGUUUGCCAUCCCUGUUCCAGGACAACGAGAAUCUGGAAUCUGCUUUUGGUGCUGCUCUUAAGGCUGCAUUUAUGAUUAUGAGUCAACUUGGAGGGAAAUUGUUAAUUUUUCAAAACACUCUCCCAUCUCUUGGUGUUGGUCGCUUGAAAUUACGUGGAGAUGAUUCUCGCAUUUAUGGCACAGAUAAAGAACAUGCAUUAAGAUUGCCGGAAGAUCCUUUUUACAAGCAAAUGGCUGCUGAAUUUUCUAAAUACCAGAUCUCAGUGAAUGUCUAUGCAUUUAGUGAUAAGUACUCUGACAUAGCCUCCUUAGGAACUCUGUCAAAGUACACUGCCGGUCAUGUGUAUUACUAUCCAGCUUUCCAAUCAGUCAUUCACGGGGAGAAAUUAAGAAGUGAGUUAAGGAGAGACCUUACCAGAGAAACUGCCUGGGAAGCUGUAAUGCGAAUUAGAUGUGCAAAAGGUGUCCGUUUCACAACUUAUCAUGGAAACUUUAUGCUAAGGUCCUCUGAUUUGUUAGCACUUCCAGCUGUAGAUUGUGAUAAAGCCUUUGCCAUGCAGUUUUCUCUUGAAGAAACAUUAUUGACAACUCAGACAAUGUAUUUCCAAGUUGUACUGCUAUAUACUACAUCUUGGGGAGAAAGGCGUAUGAGAGUACACACAACAGCAGCUCCAGUAGUUACAGACUUGGGAGAGAUGUAUCGCCUGGCUGAUACUGGUGCAAUUUUAUCUCUGUUUAGUAGGCUAGCAAUUGAGAAAACUUUGACCCAAAAACUUGAAGAAGCACGAAGUGCUGUGCAAUUAAGAAUUGUGAAAGCCCUCAGAGAGUAUCGCAGUCUCUAUGCUGUGCAACAUCGUUUGGCAAACAGAAUGAUUUAUCCUGAGUCAUUAAAGUUCCUACCCUUGUAUGGAUUAGCUCUUUGUAGAUCAACACCUCUCCGUGGAGGGUAUGGGGAUGUUCCACUGGACGAAAGGUGUGCAGCUGGACACACAAUGAUGACUCUACCAGUAAAAAGGCUGUUGAAACUUCUCUAUCCUAGUUUGAUUCGACUUGAUGAAUAUCUUCUGAAGGGUGAUGGCUUUAAAAUCUUUGAUAGAAGGUUACCUUUGACUGGUGAGAGCUUGGAUUCUAGGGGCCUUUAUAUAUAUGAUGAUGGCUUCCGGUUCAUUUUAUGGUUUGGGAGAGUGAUUUCGCCUGAUAUAGCUAAGAACUUACUUGGGACAGACUUUGCAGCAGAGUUAUCAAAGGUCAUUCUUAAUGAGCAUGAUAAUGAAAUGUCAAGGAGGCUGAUGAAGGUAUUUGAGAACUUCAGAAAUACUGACCGUGCAUAUUACCAGUUGUGCCACCUUGUUAGGCAAGGUGAACAGCCCAGAGAAGGAUUCCUUCUUCUCUCAAACCUUGUUGAGGACCAGAUGGGUGGUAAUAGUGGGUAUGCUGAUUGGAUGCUACAGAUUGUCCGACAAGUGCAGCAAUCAUAAUAUAUAGGGCUUUCGUCAGGCUUGUUUCUUGUCUCAUAACUGAAGUAAGGACCAUUUCUUUCUACAUUGGAAAGAAAUUGAAUCUAAGCUUGGACAUGCACCAUGCAACGUAGAUGCUUGACUUGUUUAAUUGGUCUUGAUAAGGGUGCUUUAGGGCGACUGGGCGUUUGAUAGAGGAAAAAAAAAAAAUUACCCGAAAAUCUCGAUUUUCAGAAAUAUGAUGAAAACAUUUAAUUUACGAUAAUAUUCGAAAAUUAAAAAUUUAGAAAAAUUCAGUUUUCCGAAAAUUCUGAAAAAUAUAGGCUACCAAACGAGUUGUUUCCUUUUGUAUCAAUUAGGUGAACUACAUCUUAGUGAUCAGAUUCAAAGUUCU